AUGCGCGGGGCCAGUGUGGAUGCUGAGGCCGGCAAGUAUGGCACUGCGCUCCAGGCUGCUUCACGCGAAGGCCAUUUGGAGGUUGUCGAGUUGCUGCUCGACAACGGCGCCAAUGUGGAUGCCGAGGCCGGCAUAUAUGGCACCGCACUUCAGGCUGCUUCAAGGAAAGGCCAUUUGGAGGUUGUGGAGUUGCUGCUCGACAACGGAGCCAAUGUGGAUGCCGAGACCGGCAUAUAUGGCACCGCACUUCAGGCUGCUUCAAGGAAAGGUCAUAUGGAGACUGUCGAGCUGUUAAUUAACCACGGUAGUAACAUAAAUGCCGUGGGCGGCAAGCAUGGCACCGCGCUGCAGGCUGCUUCAGAGGAGAAUCACCUAGAGAUCGUUGAUCUGUUACUCGCCCAGGGGGCCGAUUUUAACAUUGAGGGCGGGAAAUAUCGCACCGCGCUCCAGGCAGCUUCAGAAGAAGGUCACUUCAGGGUUGUCGAGCCAUGCUCCGUCUUGCAUUAG